CUCUACAAACCCGAUCGUCAGUUUACCCACCAUGUCGCCGUGGGUAGUCAGGGCUCACCUACAUUUGUGCCUCAACGAUUGAAUGCCAACAUCGGUGAUCAGAUUGUUUUCGAGUUCCACGGGUUGAACCAUACUUUUAACACAAUCUACCCUGGAAAGGCCGUGUGCCCCACUUCAGCAGUUUGACACCGGUUUUAAUCAGUUCAACCCACACAGCCGGGAUAAACUUGUCACUAUUAUUACAGUUAAUUCACUUGAGCCUCAGUGGUUUUUCUGUCGGCAGAAUAUACCCGCCUCUCAUUGUCAUAUGGGCAUGGUGUUCGCUAUUAACCCAGGAGAUCAAAUGGAUAUGUUCAUCCGGAACGUGCGAAGAGAAAGCACUGGUGAUACAAGCAGUAUCGCCAGUAUGGGCUCUAGGAAUGUCAGGUCCUCCAAGCCUGUCCUUCGCAGCACCAGCAGCAGUCAAUCCAGAUUGAUCAGUCCUAUGAUUUCCCCGACGGAUACCAGAUUCACUAGUGUCUCAGGAUCCAUUCCAAACAGGCCUGUUGCUUCUACUGAUGUUGUAUCUGCCAAUCCUACAAGUUUGUUUAGUCCAGUCCAGCAUUCCAGCUUCAGCAAAAGUGCGCAAAACCUUCAUUUUGUCACCCCCAUUAGUUUACCCUCCAUGGAUCAUGUCACUGUGACUCAAACAGAGACGCAGAACUGUCCACUUCCUUCUGUUGUGGAAAGGUUCAGUGCGGGUCACAGUCCAAUGCCCUCAAAAAACUAUGCAUCUUUCCGGCGUACCGUCUCCAGAUCCAGCAUGACAUCAGAAGGAACUAGUUCUGCAAUUGUUCCAAACUUCAUUGCUCCGGCUUUUUGCAUCUUGUUGAUUGCAGCUUUCCUCUGAUUCUAUUUCCUUUCUUUUCUCGUUUCUUGAAGGAUAUUUCAUAUGAAUUGUAUCUACGAUUAGCUGGCUAAUCAAUUAUUUAAGGCUCACUCGCCGU